AUGUUUCGCCAUCUCAUGUCUUCCAAAGUACGCUCCAACGCUGGCUGUUGGACUUGUCGCCUUCGUCGCAAAAAGUGCGAUGAGAAGCGUCCAGUCUGCGAUUCCUGCAGCGCUCUAGAGAUCACUUGUUACUUCAACGAUGAGAAACCAGAAUGGAUGGACGGUGCAGAGCAGCAAAAAGCCAUGGCUGAGAAGAUCAAGGCCCAGGUGAAGAAGCAAGCCAGUCAACGUCGCGAUCGUAAAUAUAUGGAGAUGCUCGAGACUGGCACUCAGAAUGUCACACUUCAGACUCAAAACUCUCAGAAGCAACAGCAAUCUCACGAUCCUGCCAUGGCCGCUGCAUCCGACACAGAUCCUCCCUCUGGCCAUGAGUUUGGAUCAACCCCAGCGUCUAGCAACACCAGCGGCGCAUCUCCUCCCGAUAUGCCGUGGCACAGUCACUUUGCAGUCCCUCACGAAGACCCCAGCAGUUCAACCGGGGCUAGCACCGAGAUCCAUUUCGUCAUGAUCUACCUCGACUAUGUCUUUCCUUAUCUUUUUCCUUUCUAUCGCCCUCCUAUCCUCGCUGGUGGUCGUGGCUGGGUAUUAGACGUUUUGCAGAGCAACAAGUCUGUUUGGCACACAGUCAUCUCACUCACAUCAUACUUCUUCGGUAUUGUCAUGGCCAAUGGAGAGAUAGAGCAUGUCGAGUGUACAAACCGCAUGGUCCAUCAGUUACAGUCGCAGCUUGAGAUGGGCUUGAGAGAAUUGCAGCGCGAGAUGACUGCAGUCAACCACAAGGUAUCAUGCGCCGGUGCUCGAGACAGACUUCUCGUCCUUCAGGCGAUAUUACAAAUGCUCAUCUUCGAAGUAUCCACUAGCAACAAAGACCAUUGGAAGAUGCAUCUCGAUGCCGCUAUCACCAUGUUUCAGCAAAUCCUUCCCCAGCCCGAACAUUGGAAGGAAACGCUAGAAGCUCUUUACAGCUACCGUUGGCCGCCUCCUGAGAUGGGUGUCCGUCGACCCUUCAGCACAAACCAAGCCGCGCUUCGCUUCUUCACAGCCAACGUCCUUUACAUCGAUGUCAUGUCCAGCAUCACGCUCGAACAGGCACCUCGUCUUCAGAAGUACCAGGAAAUCAUCAUGCCCAGCUGUAAGGCUCAUGUCGCGCCACAAGAGGUUCGCAUCUCAGGGUCACUCUUCAUGGAAGAGUAUGUCGGUCUCCACAACUGGGUCAUCCAGAUCAUCGGCGAUAUUUCUACGUUGGACUCCUGGAAGAAGGAGCAAAAGAGAUCCAACUCUCUGUCGAUCAACGAGCUUGUUCAGCGAGGCAAAGUGCUGGAGGGUGCUAUCAGGGGAGGGCUGAGUGUCAUUGAGGCACAAGCCCAGAUGCCUGGCCCCGUAUACAACCCUCUCAUGAGUGUAGUCGCAAGUCCCAUGCAUAACCAGGAUAUCAACACAAAGCAAGCCCCUGCUCUCGCAGCCAACAACAUGAUCUGGCUACAAGCCGCCCUUACAUACCUCCAGGUUGUCAUUUCCGGCUGGCAGCCUUCCUGUCCCGAAAUCCAGUGUUCCGUUCGCCGCAUGACGCACCUCUUGACAACACUCCCAUCCAACACCUGCCUCAGAACCUUGGUCUGGCCCUUCUGCAUAGCCGGGUGUCUUUCGCCCCCGGAAGAUGAGGACUCGUAUCGAGCGAUGGUGGAGGGUCUGGGACCCAUCAGUGUGUUUGGUACCGUCAGAGAGGCACUGGAGAUUAUGGAAAAGGUCUGGUCUAAGCGGGAUCAGAUUGAUGAAAGUUGGGAUGUGGCCAAGUGCAUGCAGGUUCUUGGCCAUGGAGUGUUACUGAUCUGA